AUGUGGAAACAUGUUAUAGGUACCGAUUUUGCUGAUGAAAUUAAAGACCAAACAUCUGAAUUACACAAGGAAAACAGUCAGACCUGGAAAAAUGGUAGGCGUCUUGUGGAAUUCGACGUUUUACUCACCAAUCUACGAUUGUGUAAAUCGUGCCGACAUGGACCUGUGCCGUUUAUAGAAAAUAAUAUAUGUGGCGAACUACAGCAGGGACUAAGUGGCUACCUUUAUGUUAGGUGUUCUGACUGCGGAUAUGUAAACCGUGUUGCCCACGGGAAAACACACCGUGUGAAAAGGAAGGGGAUGCCCUGUUUUGAUGUAAACACAAAACUUGGAACAGCAAUGAUUGAUAGCUUAGGUGGACCCGUCAGAGUGAACAAUGUCCUGUCAGCAUUGAAUUUGAAGACCAUAAGCGAUAAAAACUUGCAAAAGAUGGAGAAACGUGCUGGUGAAGUGAUUGAGUGUUUGGCAGAGGAAUCGACUAGCACUGCUGCCAAAGAAGUGUACAGAAAGGAGAUGGAGGAUAUUGCCCAUCAGGAAUCAGUAGAAGCAUUGACAGUUAUGAAGGACAUUAUAGAAGACCUAGGAGUGUGUCCACUUCCUGAUAGUUCUCCAUCAGUAAGGUUACAUUUACAAGGAGAUCUAUGUGAUGACAAAGACAGUUGGUCAGAUGACAGUGAAGACAGCAAUAGUCACAUUCAGAUGGCUUUUCAUGUAGAAACUAAUCAUGAUGUUAUGUCACUUAAGUUUGAGAAGAAUGCCACCAAGGUAUGUCAAACACCAGUAGCACCUGCCAAGCAGCAAAGCUCUACAAUGAAAACACCUGUAACGCCUGCCAAAGAGCAAAGCUCUACAAUGAAAACACCUGUAACGCGUGCCAAAGAGCAAAGCUCUACAAUGAAAACACCUGUAACGCCUGCCAAAGAGCAAAGCUCUACAAUGAAAACACCUGUAACGCCUGCCAAAGAGCAAAGCUCUACAAUGAAAACAUCAGCAGCACUGAAAUACAGACAUUCUUAAGUCAAACUAGCUUCAAGAUUUCCAUGUCGAACUAGGACAGGAAUGAGUUGUGCAGUUGACACCGCAUGGCCGAAGCGUGGCUUUGAAAGUUUGACUGGUAUUUAUCCAUUUUUGUAUAUUGGGUGUUUUAUUAAAUUACUGAAUAGUAUUGAAUACUGACCAGUGAGUAGUUCAAACAUUGAAGCAGUUGUUUUUGGUCAGUGUUAUGUAUCUAUACAGUUACUGAAUGACCUGCCAGGCAUUUAAAUAAUGGUUUAAGAGCAUAUGCUUUUUAUCAGAAGAUAGUGUUGAAUGUUAAAUUAUUUGUCAUAAAAGUAGCAAAUUGUUAA